AUGUCUGCCAAACGCUAUGCGUUUGUCGACAUGGGUGGCGAUGAGACGGAGGAUGUGGCACCGACAAAAUCGGAUCGUGAUCGUAAAAGUCGACGAGAUCGUGACAAGGAUCGCGACCGGCAUCGCGACCGGGGGGACAAAAAGUCACGACGUUCACACCGCAGUCCCUCGCAAUCGCGAUCGCCACGACGAAGCACGACGAAGUCCUAUAGCAGCCGAUCGAAAACGAGCCGACGCAGCGACCGCGAUCGCGACGACGAAGACUUUGAUGACCGAUGGGGUGACGAGGAAGGGCCGCCGUCCGACGAGGUUGAAGAUGUAGGAAGAGGUGAUGAGGCUGACGACUUCCGAGAAUCGGCACGGAAGCGUCUCAAGAUGAACCACCGGACGUUCCGGAACCCCGACGCUAAAGACGAGGAUAAGGGAAAGGAGGCGGACAGAGACGCGAAAAGCGCAAAGUUAGAUGCGGCGAACCUUGACAUCGAUGACGCGGACCUGUCGGAGGGCACACGCGAGGAGCUGAUAGCACAACGUGACCGCGCUGAGCGCGAGGCGUUUGCCGAGCGACUAAAAGCGCGCGACGACGGUCGAUCACGAAAAGAUAAGGAUAUCGACCAAGGCUCCUCGCGACAACACCUGGCCGACGAUGCCAAGGAGCGGAGUGAAGCCAUGCCUGAGCUGCGACAAAGGGCCCGCCAAGAGUACCUCAAAAAACGCGAAACAGAGCGGCUGGCCCUGCUGCGGCGACAGGUGGCCGAAGAGACCGAAGAACUUCGCAGCGGCGUUCCACUGACGGCACGCGAGACAGCCGAGUUUGCGAAGAACCGCGAGAUCCUGCGGCUGGCCGAGGAGCGGCUGCGUAUCGACGACCACCGCGAUGGCUACGUUAUGCCAGAGGACUACAUCACAGAAAAAGGCAAGAUCGACCGCCAGCGGAAGGAGGACGCACUCUACAAGCGCUAUGUUGAGAAGGACGCAUACGGCCGUGAAAAACACACAACCGAAUACGAGGACUGGGAGCGUGAGCAGGCGACGAAGGCCAAGGCGCAGAUCCAGAGCCGCGAGCGCGUCGACGGCGGCGAGUACGACUACAUUCUGGACCAGGACCAGUACAUCCAAUGGUCGCUCGACUCGCGGAUGCCGGCCGAAGGCGCCGGUGUCAACGGCAAAGCCCUGACCAAGGAGCAGCAGUUUCUGCAGGCCCAGAUUGACGCAGCCGAGAAGCGUCAGCUGUCCAUACAGGAGACGCGCAAAUCACUGCCCAUUUACCAAUACCGCGACGAGUUCCUUGCAGCGCUGGAAGAGCACCAGAUUUUGGUCAUUGUUGGCGAAACGGGCAGUGGCAAGACGACCCAGCUGCCGCAGUAUCUUCACGAGGCCGGCUACACCAAGAAUGGCCUGAGAGUCGGAUGCACACAGCCACGCCGUGUCGCUGCCAUGAGUGUGGCCGCACGUGUUGCCGAUGAAAUGGGCGUCAAGGUCGGCAGCGAGGUCGGUUAUGCUAUUCGUUUCGAAGACUGUACGAGCGAGAAGACAAUUCUCAAAUACAUGACGGACGGCAUGCUGCUCCGCGAGUUUCUGACCGAGCCCGACCUCUCUAGCUACUCUGCCAUCAUGAUCGAUGAGGCCCACGAGCGCACGGUGCACACUGAUAUCCUACUGGCCCUUGUCAAGGAUCUGGCCCGCGAGCGGCCCGACCUGAAGCUGCUUAUUUCUUCGGCCACGAUGAACGCCGAGAAGUUUGCCACUUACUUUGACAACGCACCCAUCUUCAACGUGCCCGGCCGUCGGUACCCUGUCGACAUCUUUUAUACCCCGGCCCCGGAGGCCAACUACCUCCUGGCGGCCGUCACGACCGUCUUCCAGAUCCACACUACGCAGCCUACAGGUGGCGAUAUUCUUGUGUUCUUGACGGGCCAGGACGAGAUUGAGGCUGCUGAACAGCAAAUCUCCGAGAUCUCUCGAAAGCUGGGAAACCGUGUCCGAGAGCUCGUUGUGUGUCCCAUCUAUGCAAACCUGCCGUCUGAACUGCAGGCCAAGAUCUUCGAGCCCACGCCAGAAAAUGCACGCAAGGUCGUGCUGGCUACAAACAUCGCCGAGACAAGUUUGACUAUUGACGGCAUUGUUUAUGUCAUCGACCCGGGAUACGUGAAAGAAAACGUGUACAACCCGGCCACCGGCAUGUCGAACCUUGUUGUUGUUCCUUGUUCCCGCGCCUCGGCCAACCAAAGAAGCGGCCGUGCCGGACGUGUCGGGCCCGGCAAGUGCUUCCGUCUGUACACCAAGUACGCGUACAUGAACGAGAUGGACGAGAGCACGACGCCCGAAAUCCUGCGGACGAAUCUCAACGGCGUCGUUCUCCAACUCAAGAGCCUGGGCAUUAACGAGCUCCUAGACUUUGAAUUCAUGGAUCCGCCGCCCACCGAGGCCUUAAUCGGGGCGCUCAAUCAGCUUUUUGCCUUGCAAGCCCUCAACCACAAGGGCGAGCUAACCAAAGUCGGUCGUCAGAUGGCUGAGUUCCCGACGGACCCCAUGCUGGCCAAGGCUGUUAUCGCUGCUGGUAAAGAGGGCUGCGUUGAGGAGGUAUUGUCCAUUGUGUCGAUGCUGAGCGAAGCGUCGGCCCUCUUCUUCCGGCCCAAAGACAAGAAGAUCCACGCCGACAGUGCCCGCGCCCGCUUCACUGUCCAGGAGGGCGGUGACCAUUUGACGCUUCUCAACAUCUGGAACCAGUGGGUUGACAGCGAUUUCUCGCCCAUCUGGGCCAAAGAGAACUUCCUGCAGCAGCGCAGCUUGACUCGCGCCCGUGAUGUGCGCGAACAGCUGGCUAAGCUGUGCGAGCGCGUUGAGGUCGAGCUCUCGUCCGUUGGCGCCUCGCACAUGACGCCCAUCAAGCGCGCCCUAACUGCCGGUUUCUUCCCUAAUGCGGCCCGCAUGCAACGCGAUGGCGGUAGUUACCGCACCGUCAAGAGUGCCACCACCGUCUACAUCCACCCUAGCUCGGUGCUUAUGGGAGCUGACCCCCCCGCGCGCAUGGUCAUCUACUUUGAACUGGUGCAGACGACUAAGGAGUACAUGCGGUCCUGUCUUCCCAUUGAGCCCAAGUGGUUGUCGGAGUUGGCGCCGCACUUUCACAAGAAGAAGGAUAUGGAGGCACUUGAGGACAAGAAGAUGGCCAAAGGACGGCACCAUGCUAAGUGA